UCCGAUCCCUAAGAGAACCAACCCCGAGCCCGAGAAAAACAAGAAAAUAAUACACAAUUGGCGACGGUGGUGCAGAGGUUCUCCGUGUGAUCCGAUCGAACGGGCAAACGGGACUUGGACGAGGGACUAGGGCUAAAUCCUUGUUGGCCAGUGGGAGUUAUGGCCGGCGACAUGUCCAUCGGCUGUGCGGCCCUGAAGCGAUCCAGCAAGCUGAGGUCCUGCACCAGUGCCGCCGACACGGACUCGAUGCGGAUGCCCAACGACCACAGGGACAAUGGCAGCCUGGUGAAGCAACCGCCUGUGCCGCCCCAGAAUAUGCGGGGCGGCCUGAGGGUCUACAAGAUUGUCAUACUCGGCGACGGGGGCGUUGGAAAGUCAGCUGUCACCCUUCAGUUCGUGAGCCACAGUUUCCUGGACUACCACGACCCCACAAUUGAGGACUCCUACCAGCAACAGGCGGUCAUCGACAAUGAGGCCGCCCUGCUCGACAUCCUUGACACCGCCGGCCAGGUGGAGUUCACGGCCAUGCGGGACCAAUACAUGCGUUGCGGCGAAGGUUUCAUUAUCUGCUACUCGGUGACCGACCGCCACAGCUUCCAGGAGGCCUCCGAGUAUAGGAAACUGAUCACCCGUGUCCGUCUGUCCGAGGACAUUCCUUUGGUACUGAUCGCCAAUAAGGUGGACCUGGAGUCGCAGCGACGAGUCACCACGGAGGAGGGCAAGAAUCUGGCCAACCAGUUUGGCUGCCCCUUCUUCGAGACCUCGGCUGCACUGCGUCAUUACAUCGACGAGGCGUUCUACACCUUGGUACGUGAGAUUCGACGCAAGGAGAUGCAGAAGGCCCUGGGCACGGACUCCAAUUCGGAGAAGAUCCAUACGGGGCGACGCAGCCGCUGGUGGCGCAUCCGAUCCAUUUUCGCUCUGGUGUUCCGGCGCAGACGAAACCUCAACUAGGAUGCGGAUGCGGAUGGGGUGUCCCUAAACGAGUGCAAUAUUAACCACACCAUACGAGUAACUUUUGUUCGCUAUUGAUACAUACAUGGUAUUUAGCAAAACGCCCACAUCAGAUAGAUACAGCAGACAAGAUACGAGGGGAGAGGAAAACUAAUUGUUAUGGCCACAGUGGUUUAUUUAUUAUUUGUUACAAAAAAAUAUUUAAAGUACUUGUUGUCGGCCAGAAAAGGGUUAGGGAGGCGUAGAGCAGCGAUAGAGUAUAUCAAUACGUUUAAGCACCGAUCCAAAAGAUACAUAUUAACAAUGCACGUACAUAUGUUUAUGUAGUAAAUAUUACUAACGUUGAUUCCUAGACGAGAGCGAUUAAGCAAAAGCAAAAAAGGGGCAAGUAUUGGCAAUUGGCUGAAGCUCAAAAGCAUUUAAAUUCAGCAAGAAGAAUCUGAUUGCUCUGAAUCCUAGCCAGGAGAUUAACCCAAUUAGGCCAGUUGCCGGGCGAGUGAAGCGGGAGUAGGGAAAGAUUUUUAAACCUAUGUAUGUACGUAUUUACCCAGAUGACACGCACAUGACAUACGACACAAGCAACACAUUUAACUAAUCGAAUAAAUGUUGAAUUUAAUGUAUACUAAUAUUAUAAAAUCGAUCGAUCGACCUAAGUAUGUGAAAACGCGGGAACAUUGCUAAUAACGAAAUGUGAAUGAGAAAGUGCGUUCAAUUGUCGGAUCCAAGCCCAAAUUAAUAACGAUAAUUGAUAAUUGAUAAUUUAAGCCCACGACAGCCGAUGCAUUUGUUGUUUAAGUUUGAGAGAAGUUUAUUGUUUAUAUUGUUAAGGACACACGUGUUACGCCUAAGUUUAUUUAUUAUUAGUUUAACCAAUCUGUUGAUUACUUUUUACACACAAUGUACAACCACACAUCACGUUCUCUAAGCAUUCACCAUGAGUUCCUCUCAUCAAUGUUAACUGCAUCACCGGAAACGAAAUACUAACACGGCUUUAAUUACUCUGUUUGUUACACGAUCCCCAGGCAGUCAAGCAGACUGCCAGAAUUACUAAUAAUUAAUUGUUAUUGCGAAUCCUUUCGAACCAACCAGAUCGACUAACGAAAACAACAGCUAAAAACGAAAUCGAGUAAUCAAAUGCGGGUAGAAAAUAUAAAAGUAAAGCUAACGCCGAAAGUUAAGCGAUCUAAAAAGUACGUUUUAAGAGAAUAGUCUUGGGAACUGUAUGUGCAAUGCAUUCUGUCGUGUCCAUGUCGUUUCAAAAACGGCAUACCUGUUCGGGAAUAAUAUUGAAUUGUAAUACCCGAUCGA